AUGGAUCCCUUAGUGGCACAUUAUUUGGUUAGCGCCAAGGGAACCACGAAACAACAAAGGCGGCUCCAUGAGGAAAUUCGUGGCUGCGAGGACAUGCUCCUCCAGUUGAAGGACAUUCUAGAGAACGAGCGACCAGACCCAACACGUGCACUACGUAUUUCACUCCUUGAAGGACCACACAGUCCUUUCAAGCGGUUUGAGACGUUAUUUGAGUCAAUCAAGGUUAAGUUAGACCCGAAAAAAGGGGUGACCAACGUAUUUUCUUCCUUGGCUUGGCCCUUCAACGAGAAAGAUGUCAAUGAGUUGAUUUCCGCCAUACAACGCGAAAAAGACCUUUUGCAGCUGGCUCUGGAGAAUGACAGCCGACACCCACUGAAGGGCUUCAUUCAGACAGCCGAAGAAAACCACAAACGUUUGAUCGAGCUGAUGCAAAAUCUCAAACACGAUUCGGAUCACCAAAAGGAUCAACUUAAAAGAUUGAGCACAUCACUUCAGACCACUCAAGACAUAGUUUUCGGUAGCUUAGACAAUCUUGGUAAUGCUCAGACGGCAGAUCAACGACGCAAAAUCCUCGAUUGGAUUACACCAAUGAACUUCACGUCAGACCAAGAAGAUCAUUUGAAGCGACUUCAGCCUGGUACCGGCCAGUGGCUCUUGGAAUCUGAUCAGUUCCAAGGAUGGGUACGGGGGAGUGAGCCCGAACUUGGCCUUGCCCCUAUCCGUGUGGCAUUGCAUGAGCCUGACGAUAUCAUUCGAGAGGAGAGUCGGGUGAACUACUCAAGGCUGGUCACAGUUGAAUACAAUAUUAAGGUCCUAUCCAUUGGGAGGGUUCUUUCUGAAGACUGGGACAUUGUAACAGAUGCCGUGGACAAGUACUGGUAG